AUGGAUGCCGAAAGCCCGAAUAUUAGUAAACCCUGUUUCAUUACUGUAAUUAAUGCCAAGGGGAUGCCAAUAAUCGUUUACCCGGUGUCGAUGGGAUUCGAGAACGAAUUGAAGUUUAACGUACUCUCAAAUAUCUCAUUGGAUUGGUUUGAAAAUGAGCUUUAUGACUGUAUGACCAUGGGGAAAUUUGAAUUAAGUGGUAUUAAAAGCUUAUUUGAAUUAGAAGGGUUCAAAGUGUAUGGCCAACUUGUUCAACAAACAGGAUGGAGAUAUGUACUUGGUUUUGUUAAUGAUGCUAGAGAAGUCGACGUGGCAGAUUGCUUUAAUAAAGUUAGGGAAAUAGUGGUAACGUGUAAAUGCAACCCGUUUGUCAGUGAUCAAGAUCAACUGGUGAGCCAAAUAGAGCAGGAAUUUAAAAAACAAUUUACAUAA